GUAUGAAUCAUCCUUCCCAAGAUGGCGUUGCACCUGUUUCUCCGGUGGUGAUCCUUCUUGUUGUCUGCGCAACAAACGAAAGUAAAACUUCUCUCAUUUAAACUGGCGGCGUAGUUAAACGGCUGGACUGAACUCCGACGUCCAAAAUGUCCACAGAGGAGCUGUCAGCCUCGGACAGCGAGGCUGCCUUCGCCGGCGCAGGGGAGCGAUGGGCACCGGUAGGCGCAGUGGCCAGUCCCGAGGAUGAGAGCGGGAGCGCUGGCCAGCCGAGGCAGAGAGGCUCUUCCUCGGCCACCGACGAGGAAAUGACCACGAAGCUGAAGAGGCUGGAAGAGGAGCAGGACUUGCUGAACUCCUCUCUGCUCGCCCUCACCUCCCACUUCGCUCAGGUUCAGUUCCGACUGAAGCAGAUAGUUCACGCCCAGAGCGAGGAGAAGGAGAGGAUGCUGGCCGAGCUGGAGGAGUUCGCCUUCAGGGGCUGCCCGCAUGUCGUGGGCUGCAGAGCUCAGGAUGCCAAACAGCUGGAGAACUCGAGUGAGCGGGAGAAGAGGGAGCGCCUGGAGGCUCAGAGGGAAAAACAGAAGGAUCUAAUUUUCCAGCUGAAGACGCAGCUGGAUGAUCUGGAGCGCUUCGCCUAUCAGGAGGGCAGCUACGACUCGCUGCCACAGUCUGUCGUCAUGGAGAGACAGAAGGUCAUCAUUGACGAGCUUAUCAAAAAGCUGGAUGUGAACCUGAACGAGGACAUCGGGAACUUGUCGCCAGAGGAGCUUAGGCAGAGAGUCGACGCUGCCAUUGCUCAGAUAGUGAACCCAGCCAGGGUCAAAGAGCAGCUGGUGGAGCAGCUCAAAACCCAGAUCAGGGACCUGGAGAUGUUCAUCAACUUCAUCCAGGAUGAGGUGGGGAAUCCUCUCUUGUCAGACGUAGGACAGAACCAGCAGCCACAAGCAGCAGGCACCAAUGCCAGAACUCCAGGGAUGAAGAAGAAAGUGGACCCCGAACAGGCCCAGAAGAUGCGGGAGACCGGCCUGCAGCUGAUCCAGAAGGCCCUCGCCGUGCUGCAGAUCUUCGCUGCGAGCCAGUUUGGCUGUGCGGCCGGACACGUCCCCCAGAGCAUGUGGCCUCAGGAGUCUACAGUACAGGACUACGGACCUCUGCUGCAGCGCCUGGAGGCAGCAGUGGAGAAGGUGCGAGUGCAGGGCUCACGCAGACAGCCCUCCCUCGAACAUGUCGUCAACUACACCAGCAAUGCGGCCCUGGGGCCCCGAGACGAGCUGACGACGUCUGUGAGAAAAGAGCUGGCUAUCGCUCUGAAAGACUUGUUGGCUCAUGGCCUCUUCUCGCCCUCUCAGACCAUGAGCAUAGUGCUGGCACCCAUCUCCUGCCUGCUGCCUUACAGAGCAGCCCCACAGACCAUGCACCCGUGGGAACUCUUUGUCAAAUACUACCACUCCAAAAACGGGAAGGCCUUUGUGGAGUCACCGGCCCGCCAGCUUUCACAGUCCUUCAGCCUGCCAGUAGGGGGCGGCCCCAUAACCAUCACCCCUAAACAGUCUCUGCUGUGGGCCAUCCACACUGUGCUGAAGGAGCACGGACGCUACAAGCGAGGACCAGACACAGAGUUCAAAGCGCUGGUGUGCAUGGCUCUGAACGAGCAGCGGCUGGUGUCGUGGCUCAACCUGCUGUGUAAGUCAGGGACUCUGAUACACCCACACUACCAGUCCUGGAGCUACAUGGCCCAGACCGGCUUCGAAGGAGCCCUGCGCAUCCUUGGCCGCAUCAGCCACCUCAAGUUCAACCUCCCAGUGGACCUGGCUGUUCGGCAGCUGAAGAACAUUAAGGACGCUUUCUGAGGAGGCGACAAAUCCGUGAGAAGAAGAGAAGCGUCAGAGUCAGACAUCAAGUGUUUUAUCAGCUAAACAACACUGCUCUUACCCACAUUCAGGACCAAAAGCAUGACUGUGUGCUUCAAGUAGGUGACCUUUUAAAGGUUGUUUAAGCAGCCACCCAUCUGAAGUAGAAUCUACACCACAUGUAUGGAUGAUUAUGUUGUAUGGUCUUCAGCCAUAAGCAACCAUAAUCCGCAUAACCCACUAUGUUUAAGAUGCCAAAAUGUCAAGAAGACAAUGCUACUUGUACUGUAAACCUGCCUUAGAGUGGACAUUGAGAUUACCUCAUCUUUAGUAAAGCCUUCCUGACCUUUGCGACCUGUGCUCAUCAUACAGCAUCAUUCCCCUGUGUACAUGAUAGUGUCCCAGCCUAUGCAUCAAAGAGAGAGCGUGGACAUGUACAGUAAUCAGUACUGUAAUGUGGUCGCAAGUUAGACAAUCCAGGAAGAAAAUCAGUGAGCAGAAACACUAAUCGAUACUGGGACUUCCACACAGUAACCGAGAGCUUGUGAAGUAUUGGUCCUUGUCUUGGUGCUUGGACUGCUCCAUUCUUCUGUCAUGGACCAAAUUAUUUAGGUGGUGAAUCACAUGUAGCAGACUGGUUGAUCGUAAAGCUAAACAUCAGCAGUUUCCAUCAGGAUGUGAACUGAAAACAUUAUGUAACAAUACCUACAAAUAUGCAGUUAUCAACUUAGCUACAAUUCCCUAAACCCCAUUUUAAACCUCUGAAGCUCUUAUCAGUUGUUGCAUGUUGCCUUUCAGGUGUGUGAACAGCAUUUAGACCCUGUAUGAACUGCUGCUUUUCUCCUGUUCCAGGUGGAGUUAAAAUUAAAAUUAACUGACAGUGAUAUCGUACAACAAGAAUUUAUUUCUUGAUGUAAUGAUUUACAUCCCGUGUUUAACGUGAUUGUAGGAUAUUAAAAAUGUAGUUUUAUUUCCAGUUUGUGUUUCGGGGGAAAUUAGCUUUUAUCUUCCUGAGACAGCUGAGUUGCACGAAUCCUAUCCUUAAAUACUGAAUGUACAAACCAUAGAUGCUAUUAAACUGAGGUUAGUUUAGUAUAUGUGCUGUAUGUUUUCCUUCUGUUUAUGGGAAUGAAACUUCAGUGUUCCUGGGCCCUCGUGUACAUGUAUGUGUCAAACCUCUGAGAGCAGUCGUAUUUUUAUUUUAGAGGCAUUUUAUCUUGUUUAUUUGAUGUUCAUGAAAAAUUUGCGUUCUGUUCUAGGUUAUAUUUAGUACAUAUAAUAUUGUAUUUUGCUUACUCUUAUCCCAUUUUGGUUGUGUUCUGUUCAAAUGUUGUGAUUUAAGAGACAUUUAUUUAUUUAUUUGAUAGCAUGUUUUAGCUUAACACUGACGGAGGUCGAACAUAUCAGAACACUAGAGGUAGCUGCUCGGUCUGGGAACAGUAGAUAUGCUGGAUCAUUUAAAUUAUGUUAAAUGCUAUUAAUAUUAUUUUAUUUAAUCACUUUAAUGACAAAAGAUAUUGGGAAAUAUGAACUGUGGUCUGAUUUGGUUUUUAUCAUGUUCGAUGAAUAACUACAGCUGUAAACACAUUAAAUAAUAAAUAAACCGCUGU